AUAAAAUAACAGUACGAGUAGUAGAACUAUAUAUACAGUAUAAAGAGUGGAUAUGAAAUGCAGGGGAGAUACAAUAUAUAUAUAUAUUCAUAUAUACACAUAUAUAUAUAUAUGCUACAUAGGCUCAUCAUUCAAUGUAAUUGUUUGCCAAACAUGUACAAGUUUCAGUUAUUUUGUAAUUCUUAAAGGGUUAACUAUAUACAUUGUGUAUAUGUGUGUGGUUAUAUAUAUACAGGCACGUGCACAGACAUUUUGGGGGGCAGGUGCUCAAACCCAAAAAAAGGGCUCCCAAUGGCAAAAAUAAAUUCUGCCAGAGUUGAAGCGUCAGCAUCAAGACACUGAUGAUGCAAUACAUCCUCCACCUGCGUUUCCUCUGGCAGCAUCAGACCGCUAGCUUACAUGUUCUUUAUGAAUAAAGAUGAAUUAUUAUAUAGCAACAACAGUACAAGCGUUCUGAUUGGCUAAUGGGCGUCAUGCCAGCCACUAUCGCUCUCCUCGCUGGUCUGAUACGGAUCCGUAUCGCCCUCUGACCUCAUUUUCAAAAUGAGCGAUAUUGAUAGACAUCAACAGCCAAGAGCAGUGGUCCUCAAACUAAGGCCCGCGCGCCGGAUACGGCCGCCUCCACACUGGGCCCGGCCCUCUGAACAAGAGAGGCCUUGGGAUUCUUUUUUCAGUUGCCGCGGAGCAUGUCAGGGCGAAAUUCUCACAAGAACUCAGAUAAAUGCCCCGUCGGAUAUUAAAACACAUUUGGGGGGACUUGACGACAGAGAGAGAAACUUUUAUUCUUAAAUACUGAAGAAUGAAAAAAAUGUGUCUCCAGCAGAAAGGGCCCUUUACUCAUCCAGGGCAAAAGGGGAGGAGCUUGAGCACCACUAGGGCUCUACCUGUGCACGUGCCUGCAUAUAUAUAUAUAUAUAUAUAUUGAUGUUUCAUGUCACAAAGGCUUUUUUUAUUUUGAAGGAAAGUAAUGAAACUUCCGGUCUCUCCAACGCAAGACACUGGAGAUAACGCGCAUGCGCCAAUCAGCAGCUGUCCACAAACUGCAAACCCUUCGUUUUCAUUAUCCUUCAUUAAUAAAUAUUAUAUAUUAUAUAUAUAUAUAAAUACUCAUCUCAUAUUUAAAUAAUAAACUAUUUUCACAGCUCGAUUAUGCUCGAUCUUUUCUAUAUAACGAUAAGUGUAAUACCGUUUUUUAAAUAUCUAAUUGUGAUGUCAUAACAGUUAUUGGCCAUAUUAGUACAUGUCCUCUUGUGUAGGUUAUAUGGUCUAAUAAUAAUAAGUAUCAUUCAGCAAUAUAGAGAGAGCAACAUACAAGUCGUCGUGUUUAUUUAUUUUAAUUCACUUCCGGUUCCGCUUCGCCCUUUCCGCUCAGAACUGGGUUUCCACGAGCGGCUGGAGGAUGACCGCAGGGACACCUGGCUGCGCAAGCUAACCUGCGUGACCCCUCCACCUCACGUGCUGCCACGCGCCACCGCCCCGGGACCGGAACCGCGCACGUGCUCAGCCCGACUCGCACCAUGAACCUGCACCGGUCGGUGUGCCGCCACAAGACGGCCCUGGCCAUCGGCACCGUGAGCAGCUUCGCCGUGGUUCUGGUGUUCUUGGCUAAAUGCACCUCGGAAACCCAGAAGCAAGGCCAGCGGGCCGCCCCGGGCCUCGCGCCCCGCCCGGAGCAGCAGGACCCCCCGACCCCGGCCAAGGCCUUGGCGGCCUUCCUGGUGGUCCUCAUCACCACCGGGCCCAAGUACACGGAGCGCAGGAGCAUCAUCCGCAGCACCUGGCUGGCCCAGCGGGACGCCGACGUGCUGGCCCUGUUCGUGGUGGGGACCCAGGGGCUGUCCGCCGAGGACCGGCAGAACCUGGACACGGAGCAGGGCCGGCACCGGGACCUGCUCCUCCUGCCCGAGCUGCGGGACUCCUACGAGAACCUGACCCUCAAGCUGCUGCACAUGUACUCCUGGCUGGACCGCAGCGUGGACUUCCAGUUCGUCCUGAAGGCGGACGACGACACGUUCGCCCGCCUGGACCUCCUGAAGGAGGAGCUGCGGGGGAGGGGCCCGGCCCGGCUGUACUGGGGCUUCUUCUCGGGGCGCGGCCGCGUGAAGACGGCCGGCAAGUGGCGCGAGAGCUCCUGGGAGCUGUGCGACUACUACCUGCCCUACGCCCUGGGCGGCGGCUACGUGCUGUCGGCCGACCUGGUGCGCUACGUGCGCCUGAACGCCGCCUACUUCAAGACGUGGCAGAGCGAGGACGUGUCGCUGGGCGCCUGGCUGGCGCCGGUGGACGUGCGGCGGACGCACGACCCGCGCUUCGACACGGAGUACAAGUCCCGCGGCUGCAGCAACAAAUACCUGGUGACGCACAAGCAGAGCCUGGAGGACAUGCUGGAGAAGCAGCAGACGCUGCGGCGCCACGGCCGGCUGUGCCGAGAGGAGCUGCGGCUGCGGCUGUCCUACGUGUACGACUGGAGCGUGCCGCCAUCGCAGUGCUGCCAGAGGAAGGACGGCAUCCCCUGAGGACCGGCCCGCCGGCGGCCUCCGGGUCGCCGCCGGCGGCCUCCGGUCCGGUUAAAGUUCUGUCCCUCCUCUUCAUGUCUGCUUCUUAUUUAUCUCCGUGUUCAAUAUGAAAGAGUUUAAGACUCUUUAGAGACGUUCAUUUAGAAUAGUUUGACGUGUUUUUGUACGAUCAGCUCAGUUUAACAUGUUCAUCUCUCCUGGUGUCAGGAGGUGAGGAGAAGGAGGAGGAGGUGAGGAGGUCGGGAGGAGGAGGAGGUGAGGAGGAGGAGGUCGGGAGGAGGAGGAGGAGGUCAGGAGGAGGUGAGGAGGAGGAGGAGGAGGUCGGGAGGAGGAGGAGGUGAGGAGGAGGUCGGGAGGAGGUGAGGAGGAGGAGGAGGAGGUCGGGAGGUCAAACUCACGUUGCUCCUCUUUCUCAAGUGCACUCUGACUCUGACGUCUGCUCCCACUUCAAAGAGUCCUCCUCUCCCCACGUCCUCUCCUCCUCCUCCUCUCCCCACAUCCUCCUCCUCCUCCUCUCUUCCUCUCCCCAUGUCCUCUCCUCCUCCUCUCCCCACAUCCUCUCAUCCUCCUCCUCUCCUCCUCCUCUCUUCCUCUCCCCACAUCCUCUCCUCCUCCUCUCCCCACGUCCUCUCCUCCUCUCCUCUCCUCCUCCUCUCUUCCUCUCCCCACGUCCUCUCCUCCUCCUCUCCCCACAUCCUCCUCCUCUCCUCCUCCUCUCUUCCUCUCCCCACGUCCUCUCCUCCUCCUCUCCCCACAUCCUCCUCCUCUCCUCCUCCUCUCUUCCUCUCCCCACGUCCUCUCCUCCUCCUCCACCCACAUCCUCCUCCUCUCCUCCUCCUCUCCUCCUCUCCCCACGUCCUCUCCUCCUCCUCUCCCCACGUCCUCUCCUCCUCCUCCUCUCUUCCUCUCCCCACAUCCUCUCCUCCUCCUCUCCCCACGUCCUCUCCUCCUCCUCUCCCCACGUCCUCUCCUCCUCCUCCUCUCUUCCUCUCCCCACGUCCUCUCCUCCUCCUCCUCUCCCCACGUCCUCUCCUCUCUUCCUCUCCCCACGUCCUCUCCUCCUCCUCUCCCCACAUCCUCUCCUCCUCCUCCUCUCCCCACAUUCUCCUCCUCUCCUCCUCCUCUCUUCCUCUCCCCAUGUCCUCUCCUCCUCCUCUCCCCACAUCCUCUCAUCCUCCUCCUCUCCCCACAUCCUCCUCCUCUCCUCCUCCUCUCUUCCUCUCCCCACGUCCUCUCCUCCUCCUCUCCCCACGUCCUCUCCUCCUCUCCCCCAUCCUCCUCCUCCUCUCUUCCUCUCCCCACAUUCUCCUCCUCCUCUCUUCCUCUCCCCACGUCCUCUCCUCCUCCUCUCCCCACAUCCUCCUCUCCUCCUCUCCCCACGUCCUCUCCUCCUCCUCUCCCCACGUCCUCUCCUCCUCUCCCCCAUCCUCCUCCUCCCCUCUGCUUGUGGAGACAUGUUUAUGGGAUGUGUGUUCAGGUUAUUGUACAGCAUCCCACCUGACAUGAUGUCUCCCCGUUUUGGGUGAAUCAAUUUAAAUAUUAUGUUAUUUGUUGUUAUUUAUUGUGCGGCCGCUGUUGAUCCGGAGCAUCGAGUUGUUUGGAACGGUUUGGUUGCAGAUUGAGAAUCUGCACGUUUCACUUUAAAAGAGAGAUGUAGUUUUAACGGCGCUGACCCGGUGCCAUCGAGGCGGUUCUGACCCGUGCAGCGUGACCGGGUCAGAACCGCCUCGAUGGCGCCGGGUCAGCGGUCCCAGAGGCUCGGCGCUCGUGUUUGGUGUGAAUUAGACUCCUGAUGAGUAGGGAUGGGUAUCGUUUGGGUUUUUUCCGAUACCGGUGCUAAACCGGUACUUUUAAAACGAUACCGAUGCCUAAAUGGUGCCUGAACCGAUAAUUUUUUUUUUUUAAACGCACAUUGAGGACAUUAAAAACCUCUUCGGCCAUAUUCCCUGUAGAAGCCGUUAUCAUGGAGCACGACAACAACGGAUAUCAGACCGUUAACAUACACAAUGUUCUCCAUUAUAUGAGGUGAUAUGUGUUGUCAUGUGCAGACCUUAUAGGGUUAACCUGUCACUGUGUUGAUGGGCAAAGAGAACAACCAAUCACAGGGACUGAAGAUGACACGUGACACAUACAGUUUUGCUUCUGACAGCGAGAGUUCCACUGAAACAAAGUGACGCCCCACGGUCUUUAUUCCUCCGUCAUUAUAUUCCCGGUAACACCGGGUAUACAGCCGGGACCGCUGGACACCAACACACCUGCUAGCAGACUGUCACGCUCGUAGCUAGCGCUAGCUACGAGCUAGCUUAAACAUGGUUAUAAUGGAUAAUUUAUUAUUUCUUGGGCUACUUUUAUGAAUGCAAGACUUGCAGUCAACGUUACGGUACUAAUCUGAGUUCAGGCUGCUCGUCAUAAUCGGUCUCCCCGUGUUCAGGGGGACCGGUGACGGCCUCCCCGUCGCGUCCAGCCUGACGCUGGUGUGCUCGACACGGGCUCACUAGCAGGGUUGCCAGGUCUGUGUGACAAAACCAGCCCAAUGGCCAAUCAAAACCAGCCCAAACCAGCCCAAUGGCCAAUAAAACAAGCCCAAAAAACAAGCCCAAUAUCAGAACUCAAAAUAUGCCUGUGCCAAACCAUAUACACUGCUUUUAAAGUCCAACAACAUUGCUAUCAUUUCCAAAUGUAUUGUAAUAUCUACAAAGUAACAACAAAUGGUUAGUAUGCCAGCAUUAAAAGCAGUUUCCCCUCAACAGUUAUUUCACCUAGGUCCUAAAAUGGCCUUGUGUAAUUAGAUACAGUAUAUUAUCAUAAAUAAAACAUAGCUCUGUGAAGGUGUAGACCAAUUCACUGACGGACAAACUAACCUGUUGCUUUGUCUUGAGGCUUUCUCUUCCCUUUUCUCUCUUCCUCCCUGCCUGGACAACAUGAAUGUACUGUUUUUACUUCAUAUGCAUUUACUGUAGUUAAUGCAAUACCUUAUUUCAACUGAAACACCUUAUGUUGCUUCACUAUAUUUGUUAUCAUAUACUUAUAGUUCAAACAAUGUACGCACUCGACAACUGGAGAACGGAGCAGCAUUUCGAAUGUGUUUCCCCGUUUUGCUGUGGUUUUGGAGAUCACUGUGGUGCGCACGAAUCUCGGUUUUGCAGUACCGACAAAAAGCUUUGGUAUCAUCCCCAGCCACACGUUCUAUCCAUUCUUUAAUUCCGUUUUCACUUUCCCAUUCUUUCGUAUAUUUCUUCCCGUAUUUAGCCCACUUACCGGGUGGCAUGUUUCUCCAGUGUAGCUACACUAACUACCAGACCAGAGUUGGGAUCGAGCGGGUCGCAGGAGACUGAGCGCGGCGAGAGCUUUAGGUGCGUGUGUGUAUGUGGGCGUGUCCCAUGUCCAUGUGUGUACGUGCUGAUCUGGAGUCAGUUUGGUAGGAUUUGGGUAGAAAUAAAUUAUUUCAUUUAAAAUAUGGAUUUUUAUUUAAAGAUAUUCAUGUAAUUUGCAUGCAAAAUAGGUCUACCCGAACCAGCGGACAAGAAAUUCAACCCGCGGCAACACUUCAAAAGUAGCCCAAUUCCGCGGGAAAACCGCGGACCUGGCAACACUGCUCACUAGUCACACACGGCCAGGGUUGCCAGGUCUGUGACAAAACCAGCCCAAAAACCAGCCCAAUAUCAGAACUCAAAAUAUGCCCGUGCCAAACAAUAUACACUGCUUUUAAAGUCCAUGUCCAGUACCGCUGCUAACCAUGUGGGUGUCCUAAGCAUAACUCCUUCAUGAUGGGGGGGGGGGCGCAAAUGACUUUUUUUCGUCAGGCGCGGCACCGGAGCUCUGCAGUGCGCGAGACGGAGCUCGGAGUCGUGUUAACGCGACACUAGAGACAGAGGCUGUGUCUACUACCGCACACUUGAGCACUUGGAGCUGACUUUCAGUGUUCGAAGUGCGCCACUGACAAAUCCAGCAGAAUUCAGAGCACUGAAAGUACCCGGAUGGCGCUCUGCAAACGGGCAGAACAUGUAAAACGAUGGACACUACUCGCCCUAAGCGGCCGCCAUCUUGGCGACGUACCGGAAGAGGAGGAGCCCUUUCGCCAGCUCUUCAUUUUAUUUCUAAAACAAUGGCGGACAGCACAAGCGGUAGACCACGAAGCUACAGACCGUAAAUAGACGUUUCCUGGAGGUGCUGCUGGUCCUCUGCUGCCCUCCCGACAUCUGGCUCCAAUGACCUCUGGCACCUCACAUCCACCUCCAGGGCCUUUAAGAAGAUGGACCGCCAUCGCGUCUUCAGUAUCCCGAAGGACCUCUCCACAACACACCUUUGACAGGCAGCAGUUGUAGCUUGGAGGUGGACAGGCUGCCUGAAGGGGGUCAUGAGGCAGAUGGGUUGGGACAGGCAGGGGAGCCACCAUCCCCAAGGAUACAGUAUCCUGGUGGAGGAUGACUGCUCAUAGAAGAUGGGGCUGUUAUUCAGGACCCUGGCAUCAUGCACUGAGCCCGGGGCCUGUCGAAGGCCCUGGCCACCACCCGAUAGGAGGUGGCGCUGGCAAGCCAACAAAUAAAAACUAGACGGGAGAUCUCGGGGCCCCAACCGUGGUCAGUCAGUGCCCAGCACAGCCAUGAGGGCGUUGAAUGACUCGGUGAGCCUGAAGUCCACCCUCAUGUCACUGUGGCCAUCACAACACAACGCCAGCAGUGGCAUUGCAGCAUUGAUACGGCAGCGCCGCCUGGGACUGGGUGGCUGCUGUAGAGUGUGGGGAGGGGAAGGGAAGAUUAUAUUAAUAUGUAAGUCAUUUUAUCAAUAAAAUGUUGUCAUUGA